GUCGGCGUGCUGCGCUCCGUGCUCGACGCCGCGGCGGAGUCGCGCGCCGUCGGCCGGCUGGCCGACGCGGGGCGGGUGCUGCUUGCUGGGCACUCGCGGGGCGCCAAGCUGUCCAGCCUUGCGGCCCUGGCCGACGAUCGCGUGCAGGGCCUGUGCCUGCUGGACCCGGUCGACAAUACCAGGUGGACAGAGGGCCGCCCGGGCUUCCCGUCGGCGUGCGAGGCGAUGCACAGGACCUCGGUGGCCCGGCCGCUGCCUGUGGCCAUCGUCGGCGCGGGCGCCGGGGGCGAGUGCGCCCCCGGGCAGGCCAACUACCUCGCCUUCUUCGCCGCCGCCGAGGGCCCCGCGUGGCUCGCGGUGCUGCCGGCCGCGGGGCACGCGCAGUUCCUCGACCGCGCGGGCGGCCGCGUCG